UUUAUUAUUUUUCUUAUUGUAUAUCAUAUUUAAUAAAAGAACACAUCCACAUAUACCCACAUAUAUUCCCCCACAUUGAAGAUGCAAGAUGAAGAAGGAUACAUGACACUGAAUUUGCAAUUGAAAAAAAGGAGUUCUAUCCAAACAUCCCAACUUAAACUUAGAGUGACAUCUGCAAAUAAUAUGACUGCAAAUAAUAAUGAACAACUCCUAGUUAUUGAAGUGGCUUCUGCUGAUAUUCAUCCUAUACCAAUAAGUGUAUCCUUUGCUGAUAGUUCUUCUGUGAUGCUGCACUGGUAUAAGAUAUUAUUGGGGAUAUCUGGAACAAUAAAUGGUAUUCUGGUUUUGACUUUGAUCUCCCUGUCUUUAUUGGUUUCUCAGGGAGUAUUGCAAAAAUGUCAAAAAGGACAUAAUUUGAAUCUCACCCAACAUGAUGACAUUGGAAACCCAAAAAUGAAUAAUGGCACAAGAGGAAAUAUAAGUAACCACAACUGUGGUUCAAAAGCUACAGACCAUACAGGCUUGUGCCCAUCAGAAUGGCUCAAAUAUCAAGAAAAGUGUUAUUGGUUCUCUAAUGAGAUGAAAAGUUGGAGUGACAGUUAUGGGUAUUGUUUGGAAAGAAAAUCUCAUCUACCAAUCAUUCAGGAGCAACUUGAACAGGCUUUUAUACAGAAAAACCUAAAACAAUCAAACUACGUGUGGAUUGGGCUUAACUUUACAUCCCUGAAAAGGACAUGAACCUGGGUAGAUGGUUCUCCAUUAGAUUCAAAGAUAUUUGACAUAAAAGAACCAGCUAAAGAAAAUAGCUGUGCUGCCACCAAAGAAAACAAAAUUUACUCUGAAAUUUGCAGCAGUGUUUUUAAAUGGAUUUGCCAAUAAGAAUUGUUUUUAAAUUGAUAGUGAAAUA